GCCGGGCGGUAGCGACUGUUUUGCUUUCACUCGCGAAAUCAGUGCUUCGUUUUUGCAAGAGCUUCAAACCAAAAAUGGACAAUCUUUCACACACGCAAUACAAUCUUAAAACGUCCGCGAAAGCCAAUAGUGUUUGCCAACAAGCCCGACUUCCGACACGCUCCCCCCAAGCAUCAAACAGCUGUUCCAAAAUGUAAACAACGGCCGAAACGUCAAACCCUUUGUUCCACCGAGUGCAGCUGUCAGAAAGGCGAACAAAUAAAGCGUAGCUGUUUCCGCGAGAGUCGUCCGCGGUCGCCCUGGCUUUUCGUUUGUUGCCCUUUGGUGCAUUCGCUCACCUUCGUACCGUAGUGCAAAACCGUGCGUGCAUCCGUGUGUGUGUGUGUCUGUGUUUCGGUCCCUUGUUUUCCCGUGUGUGGUUCUCCCUUCCGGUGUGUGUGUUGCUCCGUUCCCCCAUUUUCGGCAGACCCGGACGGCCCUUCCCGUGUGUCGCAGUGUCCUUCGCGAAUGUGCGGCUGUGCGUGAACCCGUGUGCCACACUGCGGCACCGUAAGUGUUGCCGGGUCAGUUAAGGCGGCGAGUUCGACUGUCCAACCAGAAGCAUCAAGCAACGCUGCUCAGCACCAAUCAACCGGAACGCCACACAGCACAGCACCAGCCGGCCAGCUAGCGCUCUCCAGCAAGGGAACGGAAAAGAAGAAAACACACUUGUCUCAUCAGCAAACAAAAGAAGAAAAAAAAAAGAACAAAGCCACUGGGCGGCACCGGAAACGCGAUCCCGAUCCCGAACCAAGGAGCUAACUCAACUCGACUCGCCCAACCCCGGAGGCGGCCCGGAGACCCACCAAGCGCCCACCAUGUACUAUCCGACGGCGGAUCUACCGUCGCCGCAAACGUUCCCCACGGCCGGCGGCGGUGGCGGUAUGGCGGCGGGCGAAGGACAUGUGAAAAAGUACUACCGCAAAGCCGAGCACAGAAUCUUCGUCAACCGGUCGAUGCACCUGGAGAACAUCAAGUUCUACGGCUUCGACAUGGACUACACGAUCGCGGAGUACAAGUCGCCCCAGUACGAGCAGCUCGGGUUCGAUCUGGUGAAGGAGCGGCUGGUCAGCCUCGGCUACCCGGCCGAGAUCCGGCAGUUCGAGUACGACCCGUCCUUCCCGGUGCGCGGCCUCUGGUUCGACUCGCUGUACGGCAACCUGCUGAAGGUGGACGCGUACGGCAACAUCCUCGUGUGCGUGCACGGUUUCGAGUUCCUCAAGCACCACCAGGUGUACGAGCUGUACCCGAACAAGUUCCUGCAGCUGGACGAGAGCCGCGUGUACGUGCUGAACACGCUGUUCAAUCUGCCCGAGACGUACCUGUUCGCGUGCCUGGUCGACUUCUUCACCCACUCGCCCCAGUACGCGGAGCAGGUCGACCGUACCGGCGUCAAGUACGGCGAGCUGUUCAUGUCGUUCAAGUCGAUCUUCCAGGACGUGCGCGGUGCCGUCGACUGGGUGCACAUCUACGGUGAUCUCAAGAAGAAGACGCUCGAGAACCUGGACGAGUACGUGAAGAAGGACGAGCGGCUGCCGAUGGUGCUGUCCCGCAUCCGCGAGUCGGGCGCGAAGCUCUUCCUGCUGACCAACAGCGACUACAUGUUCACCGACCGCAUCAUGACGUUCCUGUUCGACUUCCCGCACGGCGGCAAGACGGACGAGCCGCACCGGGACUGGAAGACGUACUUCGACACGAUCGUGGUGGACGCCCGCAAGCCGCUGUUCUUCGGCGAGGGCACGAUCCUGCGCCAGGUCGACACGAGCACGGGCGCGCUCAAAGUCGGCACGCACAUGGGCCCGCUGCAGGCGAACCAGGUGUACUCGGGCGGCUCGUGCGACGUGUUCACCAAGCUGAUCGGCGCGAAGGGCAAGGACGUGCUGUACAUCGGCGACCACAUCUUCGGCGACAUCCUGAAGAGCAAGAAGAUACGGGGCUGGCGCACCUUCCUGAUCGUGCCGGAGCUGGUGCAGGAGCUGCACGUGUGGACGGACAAAUGCCAGCUGUUCGCGCAGCUGCAGCAGCUGGACGUGCGGCUGGGCGACCUGUACAAAAACCUCGACUCGAGCGCGAAGGAAAAGCCCGACAUCCGGUCGGUGCGGACCGCGAUCCGGGACGUGACGCACAAGAUGGACCUGGCGUACGGCAUGAUGGGUUCGCUGUUCCGCUCCGGCUCCCGCCAGACGUUCUUCGCCGGGCAGGUCGUCCGGUACGCGGACCUGUACGCCGCCACCAUCCUCAACCUGAUGUACUACCCGUUCUCGUACAUGUUCCGGGCGCCGGCGAUGCUGCUGCCGCACGAGUCGACCGUCGCGCACGAGCAGCGCUUCACGCUGGACGCCCCGAUGAUCCAGCGCACCCGGCCGCCCCGCGCCGAGCUGCAGCUGUCCGCCGCCGCGGCCCCACCGCCCCACGAGCUGGACGACGAGGAGGAGGGUGCCGAGGGCGAUGCCGAUGCACGCGGGGACGAGUCGAAGGAGGUGGGACGGCUGCUGCUGGGCACACCGCAGCCUUCCUCGCUCCCGUCCGCCACCGGGUCGGAGCUGAGCGUGUCCGUCCCGCACACGCGCCCCGAAACGCCCCGCUCGGUCACGCACACGCACGACGAGGACUACUCGGACGAGGACAGCGACGACCAGAAGCGCACCAAGGGUGGUGAAGCGCCCGGCGCCAGCGAUGGCCCUGCAUCCGCCCAGGCAUAAAGAAGAAGAAGAAGAAAACACCGCUCUCCUUUACACCACGUGUCGCCGCGUGUGUGUUUAAUCUUUUUCUUUCCUUUUUUUACUGUUUUGGUACGAUUUUUCCCACUAAAAAAAACGGAAGGAGCGAAAGGCAGACAGAGGCAAACAAACAAACAAAAAAACAAACAGAGCCGUGCUACGCACAAAAACCAUUCUUUUCAAGGCGCCUGCUGCUGCUGCUGCUGCUACUCCUUUCUACUCCUUCCUAUUUUUCUUUUUACAAUUUAAAAUGAUUUCCCACUGCUAGCCCGCCGUCUAACAACUAUGCCAUCUGUUAAUUUAUUUUGCAUAGAUCAGCUUGCUCAUUAGACGAGUUGCCCAGCACCCCGGGCGGAAAGCGUAGCAUAGCGAAGGCAAGCGGCUGCUAUUUCAUUUCCUCAACUCAACUGCUCGGCAAAGUGGUGACAAUGUUUAGUUUUUUUAGCUUCGUUGGUCCCUGCACCUCUCACGCUGAGAGAGAGAGAGAGCGAGAGAGAGAGAGACGGGGAGUAGGAGGUGGAGGGGGGUGAAUGGUGUGCAGGGCUUGUUGUGGUGUUGUUAAGAAUGUAGCUGUUAAACUCGCGUACGUUACAGGGAGCUUAAGUAACAUGUUUAAAAAAUAUAUAUAUAUAUAAAUACUAGACAGAGAGAUAGAGAGAUAGAGAGAGAGAGAGAGAGAGAGAGAGAGAUUUUCUAGCGAGAGAUGCGUUCGUACAAAGGAAGACAGGUUAUUCUUCCCCUUUCGCAGCUAGUAGUAAGAUGGAUGAAGGUUUAGUUUUAAAGAAAACAACCCAAAAGCAAAGGCACACACACACACGCGCGCGCUCGCGGUGAAUGUACACGUACCCUAGUAAAAUAGGCAGCGAAUCUCUUGGCCAGAAAUAUCCGGAUGUUGGAGAAUAUUUGGACAAAAAAAGUAUGGGCGUCAAAUGGUGAAAGAACAACCCGAAAAACGCGUUCUUUUGCUGCGCGCGUGUGUGUGUUUUGAGUGAGCUUUUGGUUUGUGCCUAUUCUUGCCCGUUACAAUUUCAACCACCUGCAUUGUUUAGGUGAAUGGUGGGGAUGGAGGGAAAACCGGAAGUACGCCAUUAGCGCAAAGAAAUAAUACUAGUACACAGGAACGUUUCGGUGGUUGCUACUCUUUCGUUAUACUAUACACAGGCAAGGGCAGACAAGCGUUUAGCGUAUAAUACAACAACAACAAAAACAAGCAAUAAGACCACGGUCAUGCAGCAAACAAGAAAAGAAGCAACAUAAAAACCGGCUGUUCAUGCUCAAUUCAUUCGCUCGUUCUGGUGCUCGCGCCUACUAUACUACGCUCCUUCUCAAACAUAUCUCCUCCAGGGCCGUUGUCCAGAGUGUCCAUCUUUAGGGUUUUAGUUGCAUUUUUUUUUUUUUUAACAAAUUAAAGUGAUCGUUUCUGCGCGGUUUUUUCCCAGGCUUGCGUACCUACGUGGAAGCUUGGAAGCGGAGGAGGAGAUUCAACCCACUAUCCCUUCCCUUCUCAGAGAGCAACAAAAUAGCCAACAAAAAAGGAAAAAACAUGCAACAACAAAAAAGCGUUAGGCUAAUUCUAUGCCGUUACAAACCACAACAAUAAAACAAUUUAAUAAAGAGUUUGUUGAAACGUUA